CGGUACAGUAUUAAACGUAGGACCACACAGUUGUGAAUAUAUACGCAUACUGUAUAUAUGCAUGAUCAUGUACACUGUAAUACCGUUCCAACAUGUCAUGGUGCAGCAGAGAGGAAACUACAAAAAACAGCAGAAGUUUGCAUGGAACUUUUAAAAAAAAAAAACAGUACAUACGAAAACGUCCUUUAGGAAUAUUUACAUAUAGUCUCUGAUAAUGUCCAUUUACUUCUUUUUGCCUCCUUUGGCAGUCUUCUUGGGGGACCUUGGCUUGUGCUUGGCCGCUUUCUUGGCUUGCUUUGCUUUGGGUUUGGUCACCUUGGGCUUCGUGGUCACCUUCUUGGCUUUGGCCGGCGGAGUCUUCUUGGGGGUCACUUUCUUGCUCUUCUUGGCGGCCCCUUUCUUGGCUUUCUCCGGUGUCUUGGUCACGCUCUUGGGCUUGGACACCUUCUUCAGCUUUUUGGCGGCCGGCUUGGACACCUUCUUCAGCUUCUUGGCGGCCGGCUUGGCCCUGACGACCGCCCGCUUCUUGGCGGGGGACUUUUUGACGGCGGUCUUUUUGGAGUCGUCCGGCUUGGCGAGCCUGAAGGAUCCGGAGGCGCCGGUGCCUUUGGUGUGGCGCAGCUCCCCGGACGCCAACAUCCGCUUGAGGGCCAGUUUAAUCUGAACAUCCGCGUUGUCGCCCACCUUGAAGUUCUUCUUGACGUAUUUCUGGACCGACUGACGGGACGCCCCAAAUCGGCUGGCGUCGUGGAUGAUGGCCGCUAUGAUCAUGUCCGAGUACUUGGGGUGAGAAGCGGGCUUCUUGGGCUUGGGGGCCUUCUUGGCUUUUGCCGGAGCUGCCGAUGUCUCAGCCAUGUCUGCUUUAGUUCCACACACCCCAAAAACUACUCUUUAGGAAGGUUAUGUCUUGGAUAGUUCUACAGAAGGGCAGCGAGACAAAAAUGACAAAUGGCGGAAAAAGUCACAAAAGUGUCAGUUUUUCUUUUUUAAAAACAAACAAUAUAAGAAUACCUUCAAGUGUCCACGCAGUGAGACGAGACAGAACAGUGGAUGUCUUCGGAGUAAUUCUACAGGCGCUUCGGUAGCGCAUAUGAUGCCUCUCUGCGGACGUGAUUGAAAACAGCAACUGCCAGCAGCUGAUCUAGCGGACUCCAUGGAACUGGCGCUGUCCCGUUUGUGUUUCUUCCUGCUGCCAUUCCCCACAAAUGUAACCAGUGCACGCCCGCAACGACUCGCCGAACGUCGCGGUGUCCGGGCCCAUGUGCUGCAAAGCCAACAUAGGCCUGUCAUUGUGGCCCGUUCAUCAACACUACAUAUAUGCAAACGCAGUAUUUGCCAGCAGUAUCUCCUACAAUUCAUGGUUAUGGCUUGGUGGUGGAUGCUGGUACCAACAGAGGGCGGCAGCAACGUAAACAUGAGCUGGAUCCAGAGAACACCGGUUACAUCGCAGUGGAGAACUUCACCAGCCUGGUGGAGCACCAUGAGCUGCAGCUGGACCCCUCCAAACUUGACAUGCUGUUAGCGCUGGUGCAGAGCAAUGAGGAGGGCCAAGUGUGCUACCAGGAGCUCAUAGAGCUGAUGAGCAGCAAGCGCUCCAGCAGUUUCCGACGAGCCAUCGCCAAUGGCCGCCGCACGCUGCAGAGGGAGAUCCUGUUGGACGAGACGGGCCUGGGCCUCUAUAAGCGCUUCGUCCGCUACGUGGCCUAUGAGAUCCUGCCCUGCGAGACGGACCGCCGCUGGUAUUUCCACCAGAACCGCCUGUGUCCGCCGCCCGUCUUCAUCGCCGUCGUCACCAUCGUCCAGAUCAUCGUGUUCAUGUGCUAUGGCAUCAUGCUAAACAAGUGGGUGCUGCAGACCUACCAGCCUGACUUCAUGAAGAGCCCCCUGGUGUACCACCCAGGCCACCGCGCUCAAGUGUGGCGCUUCUUCAGCUACAUGUUCAUGCACGUCGGCUUGGAGCAGCUGGGCUUCAAUGCUUUACUGCAGCUAAUGAUUGGUGUUCCUUUGGAGAUGGUCCACGGAGUCUUACGAAUUAGUCUACUUUAUAUGGCGGGAGUGCUGGCUGGCUCACUGACAGUGUCCAUCACCGACAUGCGUGCUCCAGUGGUGGGGGGCUCCGGCGGGGUCUACGCUCUCUGCUCGGCACAUUUGGCCAACGUCGUCAUGAAUUGGGCUGGGAUGAGGUGUCCAUACAAGCUGCUCCGCAUGAUCCUGGCACUAGUUUGCAUGAGCUCGGAGGUGGGCCGAGCAGUGUGGCUGCGCUUCUCCCCACCUCUGCCUUCCUCCGGGCCCCAGCCCAGCUUCAUGGCCCACCUGUCGGGCGCCGUGGUGGGUAUCAGUAUGGGGCUCCUCAUCUUACGCAGCUACGAGGAGAGCCUGCAGAAGCAGUGCUCCUGGUGGGUCAUCGUCUUCUCCUUCAUCACCUUCCUCCUCUUUGCCAUCUUUUGGAAUAUCUUUGCCUACGAUCUGCUGGGCGUGCAGAUCCCCCCUCCUCCCUGAUGACAGACUUCAAACAGGUUUUCCCCUAUUAUUAUACCCAUCAGAGAUGAAAUCCAUCACAGCCCAAUUGUUUUUGUACAGAUACUUUGCAAAAGGGAGAAAUAAGUCUCUUUUAUUAAAGAGGGUAGCAACAAGUGCAAGUUUUUCCAGAUCCAUUUUGACAAGCUUCUUUAUCUUUUUUGGACACAGCGUGCUAUUACUGUCUCAACAUUUCGCUGCUGUGCUUCGUCAAAAGCUUUCAUUUCUUGACACGUGCCUCUGGUGAAACAAACGAGCAACAAAAAAAGCAGAUUUUAUUUCCCUCAUGUUUGGCAAGUGAUUUAAACGUCUUUUUUUUCUGUUUGUUUUGGUCUAUCGUCAAGAUAUCUGGUUUGAACCAACACUGUGCAUUCAAAAAACACGUCUCAUGUUGUGGCAAGAUGUACAUUUGAGAUAUGGAAGUAACCAACGGGGGACGAGGGAUAACAAGGCCGACGACACUGGUGAGGUCAUCACUUCAAUGAGUGGAAUCCACUUUUUGCUGUGUAAAUUAUGCCCCACGUGUAUACAAAGUAGCCCAAAAUGAUUUAUACCCUGGACAAGAGUGAAAUAUUUACUUGCAUUUCUAAGAAAGUGUUAUAAUGGAAAUUAAACAGAAUAUUUUGAA